AUGAAGCCGGAGGAUGUUUGCGACCACAUCUGCAAGCUUGCAAAGAAGGGCCUCACGCCGUCGCAGAUUGGUGUCACUCUUCGAGAUAGCUUCGGCGUGCCGCAGGUGAAGAACGUCACUGGAAACCACAUCCUCCGCAUUCUGAAGACGAAUGGCCUGGCAGCCAACCUCCCGGAGGAUCUCUACUACCUGAUCAAGAAGGCAGUCUCCAUCCGAAAGCACCUGGACAAGAACCGCAAGGACAAGGAUGCCAAGUUCCGCCUUAUCUUGGUCGAGAGCAGGAUCCACCGACUUGCCAGGUGCCAGCUUUUGGAUGAGACCAUGGGGCCUUUGCUGUCUCUCCUGAGCAAGCGUGCGGAGUUGAAUGAAACCUACGCUGCGACGCUGGAGGAGAUUGAAGGCUUCUUCGUGCACCUCCGGCUGAAGCUGUUGACCCUGCCGGUGUCCAGCCAGCUACAGUCCAUCGUUCACGGAGACAUGGAGAUGAGCCAGCUUGCGCCCGCCACACGGCAGGCCAGCACAUACAUCCUGGAGAUCUCGCAGCUCGAGAAGCAGUGCUUCGAGGCGUACUUUGAGCUGAGACAUCAGCAGGAGGCCUUGAGGACCCUGCUCUCCAAGCUAGCUGACGCUUUCUACCAGCCGCGGGCAGAGGAAGUGCUGGCCUGCGACUCCAUUGAAUCCCUCAGGGAGAUCGCUGACUGCCUGCAGAUGGACGUCUUGGAGCCGCACCGGCUGCGCAGCGACGUGUCCGUGUUGGGAGUUGUGUACCGCCUGCACAAGGACGUUCAGGAGAAGCUUAUCUACCGGGUAGAGAUGUACAUACGGGAGGAGAUCAAGGGGUCAAUCCUCUACGAGCGCAGCCCCGAUCUGCAGGAUCAGGAGUGGAUGGCAGAACCGGAUGCUGCCAUGGGCCAGUCUCGGAGAGGUUGGUAUCCGACGCUCCCGAGAACGCUCUCCAUCCUGGCCCCGGCCAAGAUCUACAGAGUGCUGGAGAUGUCCACCUUCCAAGGGCUGGCGCAAGAGGCAGUGGACCUCUGCAUGCGCAGCCUGAAAGAGGCUUCCGAGUAUCUUUCCAGAAGAUCGCUUCCCAGCUGCGAUGCCAGCCUACAGGCGUUCCAGCCUUUGGUUCAAAUGAUGGACUCGCAGCUUUUCCUGGUGAAGCACCUCCUGCUCCUUCGAGAGCAGGUGUCGGCCUUCGAGUGCGAGCUGGUGGUCAGCGAGAAGUAUUUCAACUUUGCGAACGUCUGGGAGGCUCUUAACCUGAAGCUGCCGGAUGGGAUCCUCGGCAUCUUGAAGCCAACGGUCUAUCACGCCGAGGUCGACAGCAAGAAGGAUAUCGAGUCAGAACUGAAGGCGGCUUGCGAAGCGCUGAUCACCAACAUCACGGCCCACAUUACGCAGCCUCUCGCCGCUGUGAACACCAAGAUUGGCAAUUUCUUGGCAACCUCCGGCGGCGAGCGGUCGUCGUUGAAGGACCAGAGCUUCAUGCAGUCGGAAGAGCUCCGAGACGUGAUUAGCGGCUUCCUUGCGAAUGUGAAGGCCAAAGUGCCUUUCACAGCUGCGCACAUUAGGCUCUACCUCGCUAUGCCUCCUGGAGGCGCUCGAAACGAAUACCUUGGCCUUUGGGUCCUGUCUCCAAAGCCCAUCCUUUGGAAGCCAGUGGAGAUGCGACUGGUUGAUACCUGGGGUCGCCUGGAGGGUCUCCUGGAGCACCGAGAAAGUCAAAAAUCUAAUCAUUCCUUUCGUUCUUGCAGGCCCCUUUGCAGUUGGUGGAAACAUGGCUGUGUCUUUUUUCCUGAGGUGAUGGAGCAGCCUUGGGAGAGCAUAGUUCAGAUGGUGUCGCAGGCCAGCUGGCACUGA